AUGACAAUGCAAAUUAAACUAUCAUCUCAUUCAAUAUGGAGUCAAAAUGGUACUACAGUUGCAGGUUCCCCAGACGCAAUACCAGGAUCGUUAUCUUUUCAACUUAAUAAGCCUAUUGGGAUAUUAAUUACAGACAACGAUAUUCUAUAUGUCGCCGACGGAAAUAAUAGUCGAAUUGUUCUAGUUCAUCUUCAUUCUUCAAUGAAUACUUCUACUAUCGAUUCCAUACGCGCCUCAGAUCUCGGUCAGUUUCGAGAUCCAACUGAUGUUUUCAUUUUCAACUCAUCUCUCUACGUUCUCGACCGAGGAAACCGUCGCAUAGAGAAAAUGCCGCUGAACGGAUCAAAGUCAACUAUAACACGUAAUUUAACUGGAUUGAAAGAUCCGCUCUAUUUUUACAUUGACAAUCAUGGCGACAUAUACGUCAGCGACAGAGCUAUUCACAGUGUGUUUGUUUUCCGAUCGAGUUCAUCAGAGAGCUUAAGAGUGGCUGGAAAUGGAACUCGAGGAUCUGCCAAUGAACAACUGGCUCGGCCGCACGGGAUAUUCGUCACUGAUGUGGGAACGAUCUAUAUUGCAGACCGUGAGAAUCAUCGAGUGAUGAAAUGGACAUCUGGAGCAUCAGUUGGAAUUCGUGUGGCUGGUGAUGGAACAGCUGGAAACAGUCUGACGCAAGUGAAGUCACCAACAGAUGUGAUUGUUGAUGAAAAUGAGUUGCUUUACAUUAGUGAACUAGGCAACUCGCGCAUCACUCGUUGGAAACCUGGUUCAAUCUCUGGAGUAUGUAUCGUUGCAUGUUCAGCAACAGCGGGAAAUAAACCAACUCAGUUACGCGAACCGCAUUCGUUAGCAUUCGAUAGUUUUGGUUCACUGUAUGUGAGUGAGUGGGCAAAUAACCGAGUGCAACAAUUUCAAAUUCUCAACUAUCCUGUUUCAUUCAAUCAACCGAAGUUCUUGUCGAACACAACAUGGAGUAAAUGUGGUGUCACUUUUGUUGAUAACAAAACUCUUACUUCAAAAGUUCGCGGCAUUUUCGUCGAUUUGAACGAUACCCUCUACGUAGCCGACCAUAUGAAGAACCGAAUUCUCAUUUGGUCUAAUCAGAGUGUUGACCAACUACGACAGUUAAACGCUAGUUUGUACGAGUUUACGCCUUUAUUUGUGACAUUGAAUGGCGAUAUCUAUUUCGAGAAUGGUGAAAAAACAGGUGAAAUUCGGAAGUUUACAUCAAGUUCUACCGAAAGUAAACUUAUUACAAGACUGUCUGCACACUGCUUUGGUCUCUUUGUUGACAUUCGCAACACCCUCUAUUGUUCUCGUCACGAAAAUCACUUAGUAGUGAAAGUAUUACUAACCAGUGAUAAUCACACGGAGAGAUACAUAGCAGGAACAGGCAAAGCAGGAUCGGGGUCAUAUGAACUUGAUCAACCUAUGGGAAUAUUUGUUGAUCUCAAUUAUCAUUUAUAUGUGGCUGAUGGUGGGAACAACAGAGUUCAGUUAUUUCGACGUGGAGACUUGAACGGGGACACAGUGGCUGGAUCGAACAUUCCAGAAGGUUUAACACUUCAAUAUCCCACUGGUGUGACGGGUGAUGGAAAUGGUUUUUUGUACAUUGCGGAUAGCCUACAGCAUUGUAUAGUCCGAGUGGGAAAUGGCGAGUUUGAGUACAUAGCUGGUUGCAAUACGAAUACAUCGGGAUCAUCUUCUAAUCAACUUUAUCAUCCACAUACUGUUUAUUUUGACAGUGUUGGAAACUUGUAUGUUGCUGAUGAAUGGAACUUUCGCGUUCAAAUAUUUCGUUCAAAAAUGAAUACAUGCGAUCAAUUGAGAACAACAGAAAAACCAUAUUUAACUUCAUCUUUAUCUAAAUAUCGAGAUAAUUCAACAUCAAUGUUUAUUGUUGUUGACUCCUGUGGUACUACAACAAAUAUUGGUCAAAAUUGUAAUAUAUCCGGAACAGUUUGUGCUAUGCAAAAGCCGUGUCCGAACAAUAGCAACUGCAUUGAUCUGAACAACGGGCACGAUUACAAUUGUUCAUGUCACAUUGAUUUCUUUGACAAACAAUGUCAAUUCAGUCGAAGUCCUUGUAAAUUAAAUACUUGUCUCUACGGUACUUGUCGUCCGAUAACAAAUUCUACAUAUGAUUGCACAUGUUCAUAUGGUUACGAAGGAACGAGAUGUGAACGAAAAAUAAAUUAUUGCUGGAAUAUCACCUGUUACAAUCGAGGCGUUUGUCGUCCACUGUUAGGUGCUUAUAAAUGUGAGUGUCUCUUUGGAACCGGUGGUGAACAUUGCGAAAAAAUUACAACAAAACUUUAUAUAUAUCGAGUUGUCGCGACGUCGUUCGCUUUCAUUGCAAUUCUAGCAAUGAUCAGCGUUAUAUUGUUCGUUAUUAUUAUGGACUUUCUCAGAUACUUUUUCGGCAUUGAUCCCGUACGACGAGAGCGCGAACGAAUACGAAAAGAACGGCGAGCAAAACGGCGUAAGCCAGUUAUUCAACGCUUUGUUUAUGUCAAUGCAAAACCCCCACCGAAACGAACACUUUCAACUAUAGAAGAAGAAACAUCGAUUUGA